AAUCUCUCUCUCUCAGAGGGAAAUGUCCCAGUGUAUGACCUGAGAGUUCUUCACGUGCUCCCAUCUCAGGAGACCCACCGCUUUGUCAUCUCUUACAUAUCCUUUUCACUUCCUUAUCAUAACCCAACAAAUUAAAACCCUAAUUUCUUAACCAAGAAGAAGAGAGAGAAGUCACCCACUUCCCCAUUUUUCAAAUGGGUUCUUGUCAUGAUCAAAUCUUUAGUCAUAAGAGUGGAAAAGAGAUUAAAUGGUGCAUUUUCAGUUUGGCCUUACUUCUUCCAAUGCUGUUAAGACCAGUCUCUAGUCAAAUCUGGGACGGUAUUAUUGUCACUCAAGCUGAUUUUCAAGUCCUUCAAGCCUUCAAACAAGAAUUAAUCGACACCAAAGGCUUCCUGAGGAGCUGGAAUGACUCUGGUUAUGGAGCUUGUUCUGGCGGCUGGGCUGGGAUCAAGUGUGCUCAAGGUCAAGUUAUAGUGAUCCAACUCCCAUGGAAAGGACUCGGCGGACGAAUCACAGAACAUAUUGGACAGCUUCAAGCUCUUCGAAAACUAAGUCUUCAUGAUAAUCUCAUUGGAGGUCAAAUUCCUAAAUCCUUAGGUCUCCUUCCAGAUCUCAGAGGUCUUCAGUUGUUCAAUAACAUGUUUACCGGUUCAAUCCCUCCUUCAAUUGGGUUUUGCCCAGUUCUUCAAACUAUUGAUUUCAGUAACAAUUCUCUAACCGGUUCGAUUCCUGCUAGUCUUGUGAACUCUACUAAGCUAUAUAGACUGAAUCUCAGCUUUAAUUUGAUCUCUGGUUCUAUUCCAUCGAGUUUCAUUCAGUCGACCUCUCUCAUAUUUCUUUCUCUUGAGCAUAACAAUCUAUCUGGUCCCAUUCUGGACUCGACUGUGCAUGCAAGUAAGCUUCAGGAGCUUUCACUUGAUGGAAACAGUUUAAAUGGAAGCUUGCCCAUUGUUUUCUUAACUAGUUUGCGUAAUCUCUCUCGUCUUAGCUUGAGAGAGAAUAGAUUCAUUGGUCAGAUUCCAGAUUCCAUUGGGAAUAUUUCUACACUAACUCAGCUUGAUUUAUCUUACAAUUCCUUCACAGGGUCGAUCCCGUCUUCUCUUGGGGAUUUACCAAAACUCGUUUCGUUUAAUGUCUCUUACAAUAAUCUCUCUGGUCCUGUUCCAAUUCGUCUCUCAGAGAAGUUCAAUUCCAGUUCUUUUCUGGGUAACAUUCAGUUAUGUGGGUACAGCGAUUCUUCCCCAUGUUUACCUCCGGUGAACCCAGCACCGCCGGAGAAGUCAAAAUCCGGGAGAAAGAAACUAAGCUUGAAGAACAUCAUCCUCAUAGCUGCUGGAGCUCUACUAGUCGUUCUGAUUUCAGUCUGUUGCGUACUGCUCUGCUGCUUGUUGAGAAAAAGAUCAGCCGGGAGUAAAGACCGUGGUGGAGCAGCAGCCGCUGUUGAGAAGGGUACCGCCGCAGAAGCUAGCGGGGAAUCAGGAUCGGCAGGUGCGGAUACUGGCGGAAAGCUGGUUCAUUUUGAUGGGCCGUUGGGUUUCACUGCAGAUGAUCUUCUAUGUGCAACUGCGGAAAUAAUGGGAAAGAGCACUUAUGGAACUGUUUACAGAGCAACACUUGAAGAUGGGAAUCAAGUUGCGGUUAAGAGAUUGAGAGAGAAGAUCACAAAAGGGCAGAAAGAAUUUGAAACUGAAGUUAAUAGUCUUGGAACAAUCAGACACCCAAAUUUACUUUCUUUAAGAGCUUACUAUUUGGGUCCUAAAGGAGAAAAGCUUCUUGUUUUCGAUUACAUGCAAAAAGGAAGUCUUGCAACUUUCUUCCACGCUCGUAGUCCAGACAAGCCUGUUGAUUGGCCAACAAGGAUGAACAUAGCGAAAACAACAGCAAGAGGAUUGAUGCAUCUUCAUACACAAGCGAAUAUAAUCCAUGGAAAUCUAACCUCAAGCAACGUUCUUCUAGACCAGAACGUGAACGCGAAGAUCUCAGACUACGGGAUAUCGAAGCUAAUGACAGCUGCAGCAAACUCGAACGUGAUCGCGACCGCGGCUGCAUUGGGUUACCGUGCGCCUGAACUUUCGAAGUUAAAGAAGGCGAAUACAAAGAGUGAUGUUUAUAGUUUAGGAGUGAUAAUGCUUGAGCUUUUGACAGGAAGGUCACCUGGAGAGGCAAUGGAUGGUGUUGAUUUGCCAAGAUGGGUGGCUUCUAGAGUGAAGGAGGAAUGGACUAAUGAGGUUUUUGAUUUGGAGUUGAUGAAGGAUGCAGGAACUAUUGGGGAUGAAUUGUUGAAUUCAUUGAAAUUGGCUUUGCAUUGUGUUGAUCCUUCUCCGGUGGCUCGGCCGGAAGUUCAGCAGGUUUUGCAGCAGCUUGAGGAGAUUAGGCCGGAGGUGGGUUCCUCCGGUGGUGAUGUGGAUCUUGUUCCGGUGGUGACAAGUGAUUAAAGUGACAUUUGUGUGGUUUGGUUUGUUUGUUAAAUUCUUUUAUUCUUGAAUUUUGGCAUUGUGAAUACUACUAGUUUAUGUUUUAUUUGUUUGUUUAUUUACAAACUUAGCUAUUAAGGGAGAUGAAUUCUAUUUGUUAUUUUAAUGUAAUGUUGAUGAACUCUAAAGUCCAAUUUCAAGAUUUGUUGAACUCAAAAUCCUUUAUUAAUGUAGUUCUUA